AUGGGGAUUGUUGGUGCGGAUGAAGAAAAAGAUAUUGACCGGAAGGAUCCAACAGCUAUUCCUACAGAUGUUUCAGGGCCGAUACCAAUACUCUUGGUAACGUACAUGCGUAGCGGAUCUUCCUUCGUUGGGGAUCUACUCAAAGCUAAUCCAGAAACAUUCUACUCUUUUGAACCUCUUCACAAGCUUCAGUUCGACGUCAGGCAAAAUAAGUCUAUACUCUACUUCGACGGGACAAUGAGAAACUGCACGAACUUCAUAGAGCUAUCUGUGGAGACUGUUGGCAAUCUAUCGAGGUGCAUGAUGGAAAAACUACCCCUGUCCUUUUAUCUUGAUGGGUUCUUUUCCUCGCCAAAGUUCAGUUCUUGCCUCAACAGAACAAAGCUCGAAACAAAUCUACAAAAAGGACUACUCUGUUCACAUGUUGUUUCCCAAGCAUGUAAGAAAUCCAAAUUUUUAGUUGCGAAAAUAAUACGUUUACCUCUUUAUUCUUUAGAGUCUCUCCUACGGGAAAUCCCAUCCAUGAAAAUUAUUCAUUUGAUUAGAGACCCCAGAGCGACUGUCUCCUCUCAAAUAAAUGCUGUUCGAUUUUCUAUAAAAGAUAUCGAACCUGCCGUUCUGAAAUUUUGUAACCGUGUCUAUGAAGACAUCGUUAUGAGGCAUUACAUGGAGAAAAAUUAUCCAGCACGGAUUAUGACAGUUGAAUAUGAAGAUUUAGUACAAGACACUGUGAAAUACACCAAACAACUUUACGAAUUCUCCGGCAUGAAUUUCACUGAAUAUAUAGAGAAAGAAGUUAUUCGACUCUCGUCUAAAACUAGAAAGGGUGUCAAUUCCACUGUGAUCUCUUCAAUAUGGCGAAAAAAAACUAAAGAAUCAGUAAUUAAAAUAGUGGAUGAAAAAUGCCAACAUCUUUAUGCAAAAUAUGGUUUCAAAAGUUUGAACAUUCGUGACAUCCGAAACAUUUCAAAAUCUCUUAAAUUGAAAUCAAUGCCAAAAUAUGACGAUUUUAGAAAUGAAUAG